GAUCUCGUGGUCUCUCUUGGCAGAAACGAGAGUUCAGAUCCAAGAGUCCGUGAGAGGGAAAGACGUCUUCAUCAUCCAGACGGUGUCCAAGGACGUGAACACGAUCAUCAUGGAACUCCUGAUCAUGGUGUACGCCUGCAAGACCUCCUGUGCCAAAAGCAUCAUCGGAGUGGUUCCCUACUUCCCCUACAGCAAGCAGUGCAAGAUGCGGAAGAGGGGCUCCAUCGUCUCCAAGCUGCUGGCCUCCAUGAUGUGCAAAGCGGGUCUGACUCACCUGAUCACCAUGGACCUGCAUCAAAAAGAAAUCCAAGGUUUCUUCAACGUUCCCGUCGACAACCUGAGAGCGUCCCCAUUUUUACUGCAGUAUAUCCAAGAGGAGAUUCCAGACUACAGGAAUGCUGUGAUCGUGGCCAAAUCUCCCGCCUCCGCCAAAAGGGCGCAGUCGUUUGCCGAGCGUUUGCGGCUGGGGAUUGCAGUCAUACACGGAGAGGCCCAAGAUGCGGAGUCAGAUCUCGUGGAUGGACGUCACUCACCCCCAACUGCCAAAAACAUUGCUGCCAUUCACCCCAGCUUAGAGAUACCGAUGCUGAUCCCAAAAGAGAAGCCGCCCAUCACAGUUGUCGGAGACGUGGGAGGAAGAAUAGCCAUCAUUGUGGAUGACAUUAUUGACGACGUGGACAGCUUCCUGGCUGCCGCCGAGACUCUCAAAGAACGGGGCGCGUACAAGAUUUUUGUCAUGGCCACCCACGGCCUCCUUUCCUCGGACGCCCCCCGGUUGAUAGAGGAGUCUGCCAUCGACGAGGUGGUGGUCACCAACACCAUUCCGCACGAAAUCCAAAAGCUCCAGUGCCCCAAAAUUAAGACUGUGGACAUCAGCAUGAUCCUUUCGGAGGCCAUCCGCAGGAUCCACAACGGGGAGUCCAUGUCGUACCUGUUCCGAAAUAUAGGCCUGGAUGACUAACCUCGGGGGCUUUGGAAGAGAGAGAGAAGAAAUUCAGGGGCCAAAACUGGAGACAGAGAGAACAUUUUUUCGAACUGUGAACCUUCGUGGCUUAAUCCUUUGUAUUUCAAUGGGAACCCCCCCUCCCCCGCUCCGUUGAGUCGCUCCUGUUUAAAUUUAGUGAGGAGAUUUCGAAAGCUAUUUUUUUCCUUUGCCAUUUUUGAGAAGAAGAAAAAAAGACUUUACCAAAAAAAAAUUACAAAAACCUAAGGAAAAAAAAAUUAGCCUGUUAGGUUAGCUGCGCUGCUUCUAGGCACAAUCCGGCGGUUGCUCCGGAUGGGCGUUUUUGAAAAGAACGGUUGCUCGUGCAAGAGCAUUUGUAGUUUCUCUGUUCCGUGGGAGAACAGUCUCAGUAUACCGGUAUCAGAAGACCAGGUUGGUCACUCGCUGUGAGGUCGUUCUCCUAGUUGGGCAUGUAGCAACCUCAGAGGAUCCACGUCCCUGGAUCUUGCCCACCCGGAACCCGAAAACUUCACCUUGUGGGAUGAAGACCGCAAGGAAAGAGGUCUUCUGCAAAAUCCCCCCCCCCGCCCCACACAGGCUGGCUCUUGAGCUGCUUGUGGCUACUUCUCUGAGGCUUGCAUAGAAGGUCUUGGCAGAUCGUGCCACAAAAAUGCAACACCCUCUCACCCACGCCCUCCAAAAGGAGCUCGGCUCCUCGAUUCGACAUUCCCCGUUUCCAAAACCCCUCGCUUUUAACAAGUGCUUUCGGAAGGGCUGGUUUCAGAACCGAUGUCAAAAGUAGCUGUCGCAGGAAGCUUCUCACGUCUGCCAAGCCAAAAAACCACACAUUUGUGCCGUCGUCUGCAGCUGUGACCUUUUUGGUUGUUUUUUUGGGGGGGGUAGAAGUGCUUUUAUAGGAAAAGCAUAUGAAAUAUGCACCGGUAUUUAUUGUUUGCAACAAAAUAAAAUCUCGGGGUUGUUUUUUUGGUGCAUGAGCUUUCAAA